AGUACAUCAGACUCUGCCAGGGACGAUUGACGACGAAGAAAGGUGAUUUCACAGAGGAGAAGCUAACGAAGUUGUUGGCUGGUGAAGACAAGAUUGGGAUUGGUGAGACCAUGAAUUUGCUUGAGGGCCGCAAAACUGGUAUUGAAUCUUUUAAAAACAAAUCCAUUGACAAGCCCAAAGCCAAGAAAAAAUAGUUCCUCUGUUACAUCUUCGAGCUUUUGCAUUCUUGGUUUGCAAGUUUGUUUUUUUUUUUUUUUGGAUUUCAACAAGUUGCUGUAUGAAUCACUAUAUAAGAUCCAAAAAAUCAAUUUUAUCAUA